AUGGUUGAAUUUAAACCAAAUCAAAUAGUUUAUGCUUAUCAUGGUCCAUUAAUUUAUGAAGCUAAAAUACUUAAAAUCAAAUAUGCAUUAGAUGAUUUUAUAAUAAAUAAUGAAAAUCAGAAAGAAUCAAUAAAAUCAAAUGAACCAAAAUUUGAAAUUACAAAAUGGAGAACAGGUAAAAAUGGUCAAACUUGCUUUUAUUUACAUUAUCAAGGUUGGAAUUCAAAAUGGGAUGAAUGGGUAGGUACAGAUAGAAUUUUAGAACAUAAUGAAGAAAAUAAAUUUAAGAAACUUGAAUUGGAUCAAUUAACAAAAAAGAAAAAGAAACCAACGAUAACUACCGACACCACCAAUAACAAUUCACACAAUAUCAGAAGCGGUCAACACGUUUCAUCCUCAUCCACAUCCACAUCCACUAAACGACAGAAAUUAAACUCAUCUUCCAGUUCUUCUUCAUUUGUUAAGAAGACAAUCAAUCUUAAAUUCUCACCAGAGUUGAAAUAUCUAUUAGUCAACGAUUGGGAAUACAUUACAAAAGAUAAGAAAUUAGUUAAAUUGCCAUCUAAAAACCCCAUUAAUCAAAUAUUCAAAGAUUAUAAGUCUUUUAGGACUAAAAAAUUGGCGAAAAAUCAAUUAUCUAUCCUAAUUGAGAUAUUAUCUGGUUUGGAAAUAUAUUUUAAUAGGUCAUUAAGUUUAUUAUUAUUAUACAAGUAUGAAAAUUUACAAUAUUUGAACUUUUUAAAGAAUGAUAUUAUUAAUCAAGAUAUUUCACAAUCUAAAAUAUAUGGGGUUGAACAUUUAUUAAGAUUGAUUAUUAUAUUUCCGGGGUUGAUUAGUCAAACUACAAUGGAUAACAUAAGUAUUAAUGUAUUGAUACUGGAAUUAGAGGAGCUAUUGAAAUUUUUACAAGAUAGAUUGAAUAUUUAUCAAAAUGAUUAUGAAUUUGCAAGUCCACAAUAUUUAGCAAGCACAUAA